AUGCGGCAGCCAUGGCGCGGCCUGGCCAGCAGCAGCCUGCGCGCGGCGGCAGUGGACGUGGAGCAGCAGCAGGCGGCCGCGUCGGCCGCCGCCGCCGCCGCCGCGCCGCUCCAGGAUGUCGUGGCCGCGCUGCGCUCGCGCGGCCUGCUGCAGGACGUCACCUCUCCCGACCUCGCCGCCGUCAGCACCCAGGAGCAGCUGCUGGCCUACUGCGGCUUUGACCCCACCGCAGAGAGCCUGCACCUGGGCAACCUGCUGGGCAUCAUCGUGCUGGCCUGGUUCCAGCGCUGCGGCCACCGCCCAGUGGCGCUGCUGGGGGGCGCCACCGGCCGCGUGGGGGACCCCUCGGGCAAGAGCGCGGAGCGGCCUGUGCUGAGCGAGAAGGUGAUUGAGCGGAAUGUGGCGGGCAUAGAGCGCACGCUGCGCACGCUGCUGCAGCCGCCGCCGGGCAGCGGCCUGCCCGAGCCUCUGGUGCUCAACAACCUUGACUGGUUUGGCGGCAUGGGCCUGCUCACCUUCCUUCGGGAAAUCGGCAAGUACGCCCGCGUGGGCACCAUGCUGGCUAAGGAAAGCGUGCGGAAGCGCAUGGAGAGCGACACCGGCAUCUCCUACACAGAGUUCACCUACCAGCUGCUGCAGGGCUACGACUUUGUGCACAUGCGGCGGCAGUACGGCGUGAGGGUACAGGAGCCAUGCUUUGGCCUCACCUUCCCGCUGCUGCUCAAGGCCGACGGCAGCAAGUUUGGGAAGAGCGAGAGUGGGGCGCUGUGGCUGAACGGCGACAUGAUGAGCCCCUACCAGUUCUACCAGUUCCUGUUCAAGACCGCAGACGCAGACGUGCUCAAGUUCCUGCGCAUGCUCACCUUCUUGCCGCUGGAGGAGAUUGAGGCGUUGGGCGCAUCCAUGCAGAGCCCCGGCUAUGUGGCCAACACGGCGCAGCGGCGGCUGGCGGAGGAGGUGACACGCUUUGUGCACGGGGAGGAGGGGCUGCGGCAGGCACUCAAGGCAACAGAGGCGCUGGCGCCGGGCGCGGCCACCAAGCUGGAUGCAGACUCCCUGGAGGCGGCCGCCGGAGACGCCCCCUCCGCCUCGCUGCCCCGCGACCAGGUGGUCGGAGCCCCGCUGGCGGACGUGAUGGUGGCGGUGGGCAUGCAGCCCAGCAAGGCGGCAGUGCGGCGCAUGAUCAAGGGCGGCGGCGUGCGGGUGAACAAUGAGAAGGUGGAUGACGAGCUGGCUGCCCUUGGGGAGGAUGACCUCAUUGACGGCAGGCUGGUGCUGAUCGCUGCGGGUAAGAAGAACAAGAUGCUGGUGCGGGUGGCAUGA